UGCGGGCUCUCUCAGAGAUAUGACGCGGGGUCCACGGGUAUGGAUUCUUUUGGUGUCCGUCCGUUCCCCAAAUAUACCGCCGAACGAAACAACGGGUCUUCUCAGUAUGAGCACGAAAAGGUCAUCAAGAAAAGGAUCGGAGAAGGGAUAUCUUACCCUGUCCGCAGCCCAAAAUCCCUACCUUCUUCCUCGUCGAAGCUCGUAUGCCGUCUCGAAAUUGAUCCUGCGGAGCCUUGUUUCCGUCCGUCCUUAGCGUCAUUUGUGCUACAAGAAAAAGAGCGAGAAAAAGAAUUGAUCCUUUUUUCGGGAGAGUUGGUGGUAAAGAUGCCGAUUUGGGGAGUGGGUUUGACGGCGUGGCUCAAGACGAAGGUCGUGGAUCCACUUAUGCAAAUCAUUAGAAGGGGUGCAGAACCGAAGCAACUGGCAUUUUCAACUGCUCUUGGCGUCACCCUUGGAGUGUUUCCCAUUUGUGGGACCACGGUUCUUCUUUGUGGUGCGGCCAUUGGAUUAAUUGGAAACCGUUGCCAUGCUCCAAGUGUCAUGCUUGCCAACUUUGUUGCGACCCCAAUUGAGUUGAGUCUGGUUGUACCAUUCCUGCGCCUCGGCGAAGUCAUCUCUGGCGGUCCUCAUUUCCCCUUGACAUCCGAUGCACUGAUGAAGGUGGUAACCGGUGAAGCCUCAAGAGACGUCCUAAUCAGUGUACUCCAUGCGUUGUUGGGUUGGAUCGUUGCAGCACCUUUCAUCCUCGGUGCCCUUUACGUCGUCUUUAUUCCUUGUUUUAAGUUCCUCAUCAGCAGAUUUAACGCUGCGCCUUCGAGCCCAAAGAAGCAACGGGCUAUCUGAGCUCUGCGAGACAGCAGAGGGGAGGGCAGCACGAAGCAAUUGGAUGAAGAUAUCAUGCUACAAGAUAGAUGAACUCUUAUAUUGUUGUGCCAGUCUGGCUUAAGACACUUUCCGUGAUAAAGGGUCAAUCGUUUGAGACAUCAAGGCUUGGCUUUCUUCGCUAUCGUGUAAAUAAUUUCAUGUGCCCUCAUCGCUGAAGUAAAUUGGCCCCCGGCGGGGUCCUGUACGGAGCUA